CUGCUACUCUGGGAAAAUUUAUUAAGAAAUUUCUUUAGCGAGAUAUUAAUAACCUAUUUUGCGUUUUACAAAUAUUUUAACUUUCCAUUUGUGCAAUAAAGUAUUUUGGCACAGAUCAGCUCAAAAUGGGUGCUCGUUUAUGGAGAUUUGUAGAAAUAAUGAAAUAUAUGGAGCGUACUAUAUUGAGUAACUUUUUUAAACAGCCACCAAAAGAAUUAGGCUUAUUUUCUGUUACUGAAGCCGAUGCUAAUGUAAAAGCACCAACAAAAGGGUACUCCCUCAAAGAUAUUAUUGGAGAUGGUUAUUUGUUAGCUGUACCAAAAUUUAGAAGAACAAUUGAAAAAAGAUUAAAGAGAAAAUAUGGGUCCCCUGAAUACGUCUGGAAAAUGAUUGUUCCUAAAAAUAAUAUUAAAGUAUGUCAAGAAUGCGGUCAUCACCAUGAGUGUGGACGUCUCUGCGAAAACUGCUACACAAAAAUCGAAACUGAAACUAAAUUGAUAAAAGAUAAAAUAGUAGAGAAAUUGGGUGGCAGUCCUAUUGAUAAGGAAGUUGUUGUAUUAUAUGAAAACGAAACACCAGAACAGCCCAAAGAAUUCUGGAAAGGUAAAAGAAUAAUUGAAAUGAAAAAAGAGAGGCCAUCAUGGUUUAGUAAAAAUCUCCUACAAAAGUCCACACAAGAACCUUCAGAUUCUAAAGAUGUAAAACCAACAGACUUAGCUUAACUUUUAGACUUGAUCACUUAAACUUAAAUAAAUUUGUAGUUCGAAAAAGUUUUUGUAUUAUGCAACACCUUUAUAAGGCAUAUUUAUCAGUCAGCACACUACCCUCUUGAAUUUUGAAAUGGAUUCUGAAGUUUUAUUCUCUUAUUUAUCGACAGAUCCGUCGCC